AUACGCACGCAGUGUGUCAGUCAGUCGCGCACGUACGCCGGCGGCCGGUCCGUCUGUCGUGUCCAUCGGUGUGUCCACACGCGUUUCCGCUCACGUCCGUUUAUCGCGUCAGUCCGCCAGUGUCCGCGAUCUCGUCGUUUACGUGGUUUUUUUUCCGUUCCGGUUUUGUUUUGUUUCGUUUCGUUUCGUUUUUUUUUUUUAAAAAUUUUCCGCCGUUCGCCCCACCGCCCGUCGACCACCCCCUUCCAGCCGCCGUUCGCCCCCGAGAACGCGACGCGACGUGUUCCCAUCCAGACCGUUUUAUGCGUUCGACCGUCGCCGCACUCGUUUCCGUCUCGGCCGUCACCGUUCGCGACGCGUUGCGUGCCGUCCCGUUGAAAACGAUUAUAUCAUAAUAUAUUAUUAUUGCCGCCUUCCACUUACGAUUUUCCGAAUCAGUUCGUCUUAGCGUUUUCAACGUUUACGUGCACAUUUGUUAUAACUUCGUCGUACAGCAGCACUUUCGUUUUCCGAUGACAUGUGGUUUUUACUUUGAUAUCUACUCUUCGGUUGGUCACGAGGUCGUUGCAAGCGAUGCCGUAGCGGCGGUGCGGUGCCGGAAUGACAAACAGCCCUGGGGCCUACCAUGCCGCCGAAAACAACCGUAACAUCGGUCACGCAGCUGCGACGUCUACGUCGACGACAGCGCAGGGACGCCGCAGUCAGACGGACGCUUCUCACUACAUCAUGCCAGCGGACCCCCACAGUUGUUGUGACCCUGCUCCGACCGUGCUUUCGGGUGCUGGCAUAUGCUUGAUAGUGUUGGGCUACACAAUGUUUGGCGCUUUCACUUUCAUGACGUUGGAAAACGGUGGACGAGACAGUGUGCAAUCAAUCCGAGGCGGUCAGCAGCAGCAUCAACAACCACAACCCCAACCUCAGACCCAGCAACAGCAACAACAACAACAGCAGCACAACCAGCCGCAACAGCAUCAGCAACAGCAACAGCAACACCAGCAACAGCAACAAUCGCAAUCACAGUAUCAGCUAGCGAGGAACGAUAAGCUCAGGGCGCAGACUGUUGAGAAGCUGUGGAAAAUCACAGAAGAUUUAAAUAUCCUUUACCGUGACAACUGGACUAGGCUUGCCGAAGAGGAGAUUCUCAAGUUCCAGGACUCGUUGAUCAGAAAGUACGGCGGUCCCAACCAGGUAGACCGAAGACAUCGUUGGAAUUUUGCAUCUUCGUUCCUGUACUCAUUGACGUUGAUCACCACUAUUGGUUACGGAAGCGUGACGCCGCAGACGCCAUGGGGCCGAGUGAUCACGAUCGUGUACGCGCUGAUCGGCAUACCGCUAAUGUUGCUGUACCUGUCGACGAUGGGCGAGACGCUGGCCAAGAACUUCCGGCGCAUCUACUCGAGAAUGUGUUCGCCCGGAAACCGCGACGACAGAGACGACGGAGGCGGACGUGGCAGACACGGCGGCGGCAAGAGGACGCCGCCCAACACGGUGUCCAGCAAUCACGUGGGAGGCGGUGAUUAUUACCGUCACCGUUACGAAUUCGAAACCGUGUCGGGCGCGGCCGCCUACUCGGACACCGCGGCCGCUAGCGUUUCGUCCGGCGGCGGUGGACAGAAACGCGUGCCCGUGCUGCUGUCGCUGUCCGUGGUCGCGGCGUACGUCGCGCUGGGCGCGUUCAUCUACCAAAAGCUCGAACGGUGGACGCUGCUGGAGGGCUCGUACUUUUGCUUCACGAGCUUGGGCACCAUCGGGUUCGGCGAGCUAGUGCCGGGCGGCGUCGAGUCCACCAAGGACGUGUCCGUGUUCGUGUCGUCCGGUUACAUACUGGUCGGCAUGGCCGUGGUGGCCAUGUGUUUCCAGCUGCUGCAGGACGAAUUGGCCGCUAUGUCGCGCAACUGUCGGUGGUGCUGCUGUUGGUGGUGGAUGUGGUCGCAGCAGCAGCAGCAUCACCAGCAGCACCAGCAGCACAAGGACGGCAACAUGGUCGUGUGCACCGUGGCCGGAACCGUAGACGGCGGCGGCGGUGGCUGCGACGACGACGACUGCGGCGGCGGCGGCGGCGGAUCGAUUUCGUCCACUCACCGCGGACGGCAGCCGCACAACCACAACAACGGCGUGGCCGCCGGUUCCUGACACGGGGACUUUGGGCCGCCGCCGGACGCGACGGCCGCGGCCAUCGACCUGAAACCGCUGGCCCCUCCGCCCUCGCCGCCACUGCCACCGCCACCCAAACUUCCCCUCUUGCCGCCGCCAGCGUUCGACGACUGCGACGACGGCGGCGGCGGCGGCGGCGGCGGCCUGUCGCUCCCCGCACCCCCGCCGCCGUUCCAGCGGCAGUCGGCCGGACGGUGUUCCGUGCAGCAACCGAUGAUGGGCCACCACCGGAAUCCGGCCCACUAUUCCGGAAGUGGAGGAGCAGCAAGCGUCGUUUCCGAGUAUUUUAUACCGCGAAGCGCCAGCGCGCACGACCUGUGCUCGGCCAUCGAGAUGCAGAAGAUCCCUCCGCCGCUGCCGCCGUCGGCGUUGCGCACGGCCGCGGCCACGCUCGCCCGGCCGCCCCGACAGCCGGCCGCGUUCCGCGACAAGAUGGUCACGUUCGAGGACGAGAAACGGGCGGCGGCGUUCGACCACCACCAGUCGCAGCUGCCGCAUCACCGGCAGAACCAUUACGGUCACAACCAGCAACAGGAUCAGCAGCAGAAGCAUCAUCACAGGUCCAGCGGCGAUCUGAUCGUGUAGAGACGCGCGUGUAGCCCAAGUCGGCGGCUUGUACAGUUUAAGUUUUAUACAUAUUUAUUAUUUAUAAAUAGUUAUAUUAUAUAUUAACGUUAAUGUAUAACUAUUAUUUAUAUAUAUAUAUAUAUAUUAUUACGACAUAUUAUCUACCUAUUAUAUAAUUACGUAUUGUGUAAAGAAAAGUUUUUGUAAAACUCGCCGUGACGUGUCGCUCAUUAUAUUAUUAUUAUUAAUACACUAUAUUAUUAUGACAUAAAUAUUAUCGUUGUAUACAAUUAAUAAAACGUUCCGUCCGCCUCGUGUGCGCGUGUCAGGUGUGUCAGUCCGCCAAUAAUCGUUGAACAUUAACAGUCUCUUUGAAACCGAGUUUAUAACAGAAGAAGAUGCGUACCUAUCGACUGGAAAUCGUAUUUGUUUGUUAUUUUAAGUGUUGACAAUAAUAUUACAAAAUGGGAUUUUUUUUCUUUUUCGAAGCGAAUUAUCAGCAAACUUAAGAUAUACACUUACCUGUCAGCACUUUUGGGCCGACGAUUAAUGAUGACACUCCGACGUUACACGUAAAUCAUGACGUUUGUAAUGUUUUGAGGCGGCGGACGUGGGACUCGAUAAACCGUGUAAUAAAUAUAAUAUAUUAUAUUGUACUUUUGUUAAACGCGUAUAUAAUAAUAAUAUUAUAUAUACAUAAAAACUACGUACGCCGAUUUUAGUCGGCACCGUUUGGAAAUUCGUUUGUUCGGAUUUCCGUUUGUUUGUUUGUACGUUUUUUUUUUUUUUUUUGUUUUUAAAUGUUCUAAACUGUUUAUUGAUACAUUAGUGUUAUUGAGAAUAAUAAUAAUAUAAUAUAAUAUAUGAAUCCAAAGUGUA